CGUCUUUGCUCUGGACACGACCGCCACAGUAUCCAGAAAUCAAUCUUUGAAUACCAUUGCAGGAUAUUGUAACGCAUUGCUCGUUCGCAGACGCCUGCACAUCUCCCCAGUCGCUUGUCCCGCGCUACCCCCUCCAUUAGCGCCGCAGCUUAAUAGACCACAUCGAACUCCGAUUUCUUGCGCAUCUGGCUUGUUGUGUCUGACGGCAUCCGAUCGUGAACGCGAAACACCAUGAGCUCUCCAUCUGGAGCGGCAGAAAAUGCGAAGCCGGAGGAGUCCGGGGCCAAAGGAGGGGAGGCCAAGCCGACAACACCAGCAGCGCCUGUACCCCCCGCGACGACUGUGUCGGACGAUUUCGAAGAUGUUCCCGAUCCAGACGAAGAGGACCUGGAUGAUCUCGACGAACUGCUUGACGGAUUCAAGGCUGUCCGAAAGGAGAUGAUCGAAGACGAUACGCUGAAAGAAGGAAUCAACCCUCCCGACUUGGACUACGAGAACAUGUCAGAGGAAGAGGUCACCAAGAGGAUGCAAGCGGGCAUAGCUGGUCUGCUGGCCAACCUUGAGCAAUCCCCGGAGAUGCAAGCUGAGUUUGAAGAAAUGUUCAAGCAAAUGGGCGCAGAGAUGAGCGCCCAAUUCGAUGCUGAAGAACAGGAAGAAGCGCAAACUACUAGCAAAGACAAAGCGAAGAGUACUCCUGCCGCCACCGCAACUGCUGCCGCAACUCCCACCGCAACUCCCACCACAGCUGCUACCACAGCUGCUCCCGCCGCGACUCCGACGACCGCUACAUCAAGCACCCCUCAACCGGCGGCAGGUGAAAAGUCUGGUGCAGCGUUUCAGGAUACCAUUCGCCGUACCAUGGAGCGCAUGCAGUCAUCUGGUGAACAAGCCACCGCGGCGGCUGCGGCGGGCGGCGAUGACGACUUCUUGACUGAAAUGCUCAAGCAGCUUACUGCUGGCGACUUUGCUGGUGGCAGCGAAGAGGACUUUUCCAAGAUGCUCAUGGGCAUGAUGGAGCAGUUGACGAACAAGGAGAUCCUGUAUGAGCCAAUGAAGGAAUUGCAUGACAAGUUCCCCGCGUGGCUCGCCAAGAACAAGGAUUCGACUCCUGCCGAGGACCUGAAGAGAUACGCAGAGCAGCAGGCGAUUGUGGCAGAGAUUGUGGCCAAGUUCGACGAACCUGGCUACUCGGACUCUAAUGCGACUGAUAGAGAAUACAUUGUAGACAGGAUGCAAAAGAUGCAAGCAGCGGGAUCGCCGCCAUCCGACUUGGUGGGGGAUAUGGCUUCUGCCCAAGAAGCGUUCAAUGCCACGGAAGACCAGUGCAAUCCGCAAUAAACAUUCAAGAUCUAGUCACGGCGCAUUCAUAUAUACACGCACACUUAUAUAUAUACCCAUAGUGCGCGCCCUAUAUGCAAACAUUUUUCAUCCUAUACCAGUAUAUCCAUCCAACGCCGAUGUGAAGAGAUUUAUCCGGAGUCCCGAGGUCCCAAACUCCAUAUUUCGCCAAGUGACAGACGCUUCUUUCAUACCAUUCCAAUAUUAACCAAUCAUGGUGCUGGUCUAAUCGAUUUCCAUUUGAUUUGAAGGCUGUGAAGAUUGAUGCUGUUGAUGCGGUUGCUGUUGCUGCAACGGUCGUUGCUCUUGUUCUUGUGAAAUAAGUUCGGCAAAUAUGUCAUCAUACUCGUCAUCCUCGGCCAGCGUCGGCAGCCGGGAUCCUCGCUGGGCCAUUACUUCCUCUUCGUAAGACGUAAGUAAUUGCUCUUCAUCCAUGAGUUCUUCCGGGAUCAUGUCCUCGUCCAUCUGUGACUGUGCCAUUUCGGGCGCAAAGGUUGCGGCAUCCUCGAUAUCGGCAUCGGAGAAUGAAGGCGCAUCAUGAGACAAGCGGCCGACAUUAGCUAGCCAGCUCGUUUUCAGAAAUUGGCCCUCAAUGUCUCUUCUUUGCCAGGAUUUAUCCUCGGCCUUUUGGCGGACAUUCUGCAGGAAGCCCUUGCGCCUCUGCUCCUGCAGCUCCUCUCUUCUUUUCAUGACGGGAUUCGGGCGCGCAGGCCGUGAUUGAUACUUGAAAUUGUUAGGCCUGAUCGGUGACGACUGGACCUGGCGAGGCUGCCACCGCGAUUCUUCCUCGGCCGGAGAGAGAGGCGAUGAGGCGCGCACAGGCGAGGAC